UGCUUGUGUGUGUGUGUGCGCUUGAUGUGAAUAUGGCUUCCAUUUAGAAGCUCAUCCAAAGUUAAAAAAGGAAAAUAAAUGAUCUCGGGGUUGUGUUGGUGCUUCUGACGUCGUAUAACAUUAAAAAAGUCAUCCUAUUAAAAAUGAAGACAACUUCUAUCAUAUAGUGAAAACAAAAAUCCACGUUUACUAGUACCUGUUGGGUUUAGUGUUUCUUUCACAAAUAUGUAUUUGUAGGACAUUGUACACUACAUAGAUGUGUAUAUCUCUAAAGUAAGGUAAUAAAGAUUUAUCAUCAUGUGGUCGGGUGAUCCGCAGUAUUCCCAAUGGGCCCUGAACCCAUCGACAUACCAGAAUGUGUCCCACGAGGAAGUUGAUUGGGCAGCUUUAGCACAGCAGUGGAUCCAGAUGAAGGAAACACUUCCUGCAGAUCAGAUUCCACCUGCUCCACCACCACCGCCCAUUGGAGACAGAGUAGAAUCUGGAGAAAAAAAGAAAGAUUUGGAAUUGGAAGGAGGGGAGGCACCUAUGGAUAUGGACACCAAAGAUGAGCCAGAAAAUUCAAGUUCAUCUAAUACUCCAGAAACUAAUUCUUGGGGAACAUGGCCUAAUUGGCAGCAGUGGGGCUGGAAUUGGGGUACAUCAGGGGGCAUAGUGCCACCAGGAGGUGUUCCUCCACCCAGUCAGGCUCUUGUCACAGGGAAAGGAUCUUCAUCUAGUGGUUCAGUGGGAGUACCUCCGUAUGGUUUCCCGCAUGGUUCUCAAACAUAUGGCAGUAGCACAGGGGUAUAUGAUUAUAAUCGUGCCCCCGGAUCAGAACAUUAUGGUCAGGUUAUGGCUAGUGGCUACUGGACACCAGGCGGCCCAGCAGAUACAGGUGGUGUACCCCCAGGUCCUGAAACUGAUCCAUCUCCCUUCAUUAGGCAUAACCGACAUGACUGGAGGAGGAAUAACCGUUCCCAUGACCGUAUACGAACAACAGAGAAGUCGGAUGACGAAGAAGAUACAGUUCCUGUUCUAGAUGCUGCAAAGAGGAGACAAUUACCUGCAUGGAUCAGGGAAGGCUUGGAGAAGAUGGAAAGGGAAAAACAAAAAAAGAUUGAUAGAGAAAGACAGAUAAAAGAAAGGGAAGACUAUUUGCAAAAGAAAAGAGAAGAGGAGGUGAAUGCAAUUAAUGAAUUAGAAAAAAAUAGUGGACAACCAGUGAUUCCAAAGAAAAGCAAAUUUGAAAGUGAUUCAGAAGAAUCAGCCCAUGGGGGAAGCCCAACUCCUUCACAGUCUUCUUUGAGAAGGAAAUCCCGGUUUAGAAACGCAGACAGUCCAAACUUAUCUCCACAUCAUCCUUCAGUAAGAUUUUCAGGCAAUGAACCAGAGCCACCAAAGUCUCGAGAAGAAGUGAUGCAGGAAAUUAUGCUGAAAGUUCGGCGCACAUUAACGGAAAUCCUCUUGGAGGUUACUACAGAGGAAAUGGAAGCGGUAGCACAGGAAGUGUUGAGUAAAGCAAAAGCGAAAGCUCCAGCAUUGCAACUGCGGAAGACCCAGGCUUUAGCGUCUUUGACUGGCAAGCUGGGUCUGGGAAUGUAUGGUGACAGUGAGGAUUCUGACAGUGGUGAUGAUGCUACGGGCAACAACACUCCUUCACGGAUUAAUGGGGCUGACUCAGACGAAGAACUGAGGAAUCAGAUCCAGAAGCGGAAGAUGGACUUCAUGAAAACAGAACGAGAGAUAGAGGCAAGACUUCAGGAAGAAGAGGAGCAAGAGAAGGAAAGAGAAAGACGCAUGAUGGGUGAGGAAAGUGAUGACACUGACAGAGAAGAGAGACAGGUAGAAAACCAAACUGAUUCAAAGCAUCCUGCAGAGAAGGGGUCUGAAGAGGAAGGAGAACAAGACCAAAAGCCGAAAAUCUUACAUCCACAGGACAGUAUAAAACGUGAAGAUAAACUACAAAGUACGCCUAAUAUGGACCUGUUUACAUCCCCAGUUUCAAUAAAAUCAUCUUUCCAUGACAGUGAAGGAAAGUCUGAGCGAAAUGCUGAUAAUUCUAAAUUAGACAGGAAAAUAAAACAAUCCCCAAAGAGGGGUGAAACAUCCCUCUCACAUAAUAAGAAAAGUGAUAAAAGGAGUGUCAGUUCAGAGGAAAAUGAUGAUGAAACAAGUUCAAAGAGUAAUUCUGAUAGUUCAUCAACUUCAGAUUCGAGCAGCUCAUCUCGAUCUAGUUCUUCAGCAAGUAGACAAAGUUCAAAAAAGAGCUCAAAAAAUAGCAGACAUAUGGGAGGAUCGAGAAGGCAGGAAAAGAAAAAAAGUAGCAGUAACAGUCACAGAAGACGUAGUUAUAGCCAUGACAGUGAAUACAAGAAGUCUGACAAAACGUUGAAUAGUUGCAAAGACAGGGAAAGGGGAAGUGACAAGGACAGGAAAGGGAAGGAUAGAAAGGAUAGACAAAGGGGUCGGAGUAGUAGGAGUAGAAGCAGAAGUAGGUCGGACACUAGUCGGAGUAGGGAUGGGACUGACAGGAGAAAGUCCAAGGAUGAUAGAUGGCACAGCAGUAGACGUGAAUCAGAUGGCAGGUGUAGAAAGAGUCAUGAUAGUGAGAGGAGGAUUAGUAGUAGUAGUAGUCGUAGUAGCAAACCACGUGCAUAUAGACAUGAGCGGGAGAGUUGCUCGCCAGUUAGCAGAAAGAACAAAAAGCUUGGAAAAAACAAGAGACUGAAACAGCACUCAUCAGGCUCUAGUUCUCCAUCCAUGUCUAAGAGGCAUGAGGGUCAUCGAGGAAGCAAGAAAGGAAGAUACUCCCGUUCCAGGUCAAGCUCAUUAGCCCCAAGCAAGAGAUCUCAUCGUAGGAGGCAGUCAUCUUCAAGCUCUCGUUCAGCGCAGUCUAUCGAGAGGGAGAGGGCCUUGGGUAAGAAGUCCGGCCACAGCCGCAACGACUGACCGAGCCACCAGGGGGUGGAUACUCAAGCUGGAAGAAGUGAAGGUGCUACAGACAUGAUGUAGGAUUGAAGUCUCCUCUUUGAGGUCUUCAGCACUGGAAGUAAGAAGUGUGUGUUUGUGCGUGCGGAUGGUAGAGAGUGGUGCUACUACUUCAGACGUGUGCGAAAUAUGGAGUCAUUUACAAUUGGGGUUGUGAUGCAGAGUAGUAUUGACUACAACUUCAUUUUUUUAGUUUCUGAAAAUAGUGCUUACUCUGUUAAAAAUUAACCUUUUAACAAAUUGAUUCUGCAGAUAUAAUGUGCCAGCAGUUUCAUUAUUAUGUCAUGUAGUAGUCUGAAGUGACUCCUCGUAUGAAGAGACUGGAAAUGGAGCAAUGCGAGGGUCAGAAAACUAUAAUUGCAAGAUCUUCAGAUGGGCCAGGUGAAAUGAAGCAACAGUAUUUUGUGGGGCCUGUAGUUACUCCAGAAUUGCCAAGUUUUAGUAGAAAUGUAGACUGAAUUCUUCAGUCAUUUCUUUCCUUUUCUAAAAGCACAUCAGAUGUACUCAUUUCGUGAAUGUAAUUUGGACAGUGUACUCAAAAGUGAUGGAUCAGAAAUGUAAACUAAGCCCAAAGGACCCUGAAGUGUUCAAGGGUUCACACAAAGAAGACUUCCAUCUACAUGGAGGUUAUUUCAGAGCAUGCCACAAAUCAUUCUGCCAGUCUAGCAGAAGAGGGACAGGCUUCUCACAUCAGCUCUUUCCAUGCAUCAUGAACCCCAAAUCACAAACAGAACCUUCCUAGAUUGCAGCAGAUGCCAGAAAUGGUCCCUGUUGUUAUGCAUGUGUUCUUUGCACCUCUGUAGAAAGUUUGUAUUCAGACAUCAAAGUGCUGUUUUGGAAGUAGAGAAAGCUUGAAACCUAAAAGGUUAAAUACCCAUUUCCUGUGCAGGGCAUCUUAAGGAAUUUUUGAGGGAAUGUGCAAGCCUAGCACAGAUUUCAUCUAGUUUGUCUUUAGUGAGUAAUUGCCAUUUUGGUCCAUUUUUUUUUGUCCAGUAACAACUUUGUCAGACCAAAUUUAUUUAUGAUCUUGGGAAUAGUUCUUUGUGUUUGGAACUAUAAUAUCUUGAAUUUUAUAUGUAAACCUAUCUUUGCUUUUCUCAGGGAUAUUGUACAUGAAGGGGCAUGCAGUAGCGCAGUUGGUUGAGGCACUGUGCUACAAGCUGGAAGGUAGCGGGUUCGAGUCCUGAUGGGG